UAUUGAUAGAUCAUUAUAAGAUAAUUCAGCAAUGGAGUGGUAUUGGAUACUCAUAAUAGUUAUUAUCUCUCUAUACAUAAUCUUAGCAGCAACUUUGUUCUGCUUCCCUCCUUGGAGGAAGGAAAAUCCUAUCAUAAUAGACCUUGAUGAGAACAAGGUCCUCCUCGGGAGUCAUCGUGCAGGUUCAAAGGAAAGAUUUGAGAGCACCAUUCCUGCUUUCAGAAAUUCGUUAGGUCAAGCAAUGAACUUUAUUGAAUUAGACGUGCACACUACGAAGGAUGGCAAGAUCGUGGUCUUCCAUGAUCCAACUGUUUACAGAAUGACAGGCCUUGACCGUACCAUUGAAGAACUUAAUUACGAUGAGAUUCCGCCCAUAAUGGACAGGGUGAAAUUCCCUUUUGGAGACGGAUUUUAUGAGAAGCAAGAAGGGAUUGACGAACCAAGAGUCCCUCUUCUUCGAGAAAUAUUUGAGCUGUUCCCUGGUGUACCUAUGAACAUUGAUCUAAAGAGAGGAAGUCCUGAGCAAGCUCAAGAAGUUUAUAAUAUGAUUUUGGAAUUCAAAAGAGAAGAUAUUACCUACAUUGGUGAUACAUUUGAGAAGGAGAAUAAAAUUGUGAAUAAGAUCAUCAAAGGAACUAGAGUACGAUCAUUUGCAUCUGUGCAGUAUACAAUUCGGACAGUCUUGCUCUACUUCCUUGGUAUCUUACAAUUCUUCCCUUUUAAGUAUCAUUCCUUCUGGUGGCCAUAUAUCCCACCACCAGUAAAAUGGAUGAAGCAUGAAAAUAAGAAGUUAAGUUGAAAAUAUAGUUGAAUAUUAAAAAUAUUUCAGUGCUGAACUUGGUUAAUGAAACCGAUGUUUUGGCACUUGAAAAGAAAAGGAGUCCUUGUGAUCUUUUGGGGGAUUGACACACAACAGGAGUUCCGUCAGGCUCUAAAAUACCCUAUUCACGGUGUCCUCACAGAUUGUCCAAGCGAGAUGAGGAAAGCAAUGGAUUCUAUUACUGAGAAAUACAAAACAACGCUUCCCUUACCCAAAAGAAAGGGUGUCUAAAUUUUGUCCUUAUUUUCUGAUGGAGCUCACAUUUUCAAUUUAUC